AGCCAAUUUUAUAAUCGGUGAAUACAGUAAAAUAAUUUAUUCAUUAUUUUAGCAGAGAGGUACGAUAAAAUCAUAAGGUUGUCUGGCAUUCUUCCCCGACUAUCAACUGAAGCGAAGGUGUAGUGUACUGACAAUUUACAGUGACCUUUUUUACUGAUAAUUAUUAUCUUUAUCAUAGGAAAUCCAGUAGAACUUAGUUCGAAAUGGCAAGCAAAACCACGUUCCAAGGCGUUUGGUUGCAUGACCCGGAGUUUUCAUCAUGGUUGAAACGAAUUGACACUAAGCUAGGAUGCGCAUACUGUUCUGUAUGUUCCUGUGAAAUAGUUCUCAGCAACAUGGGCAAACAGGCUCUCAAAAGUCAUAUGAAAUCAAAGAAGCAUAGUCAACGAACCACAGCCGGAAAUAUUUUCAAAUAUCUAAUGAGUGAUUCACACCAAACGUUCGAACCAGGCACUUCCAAGAAUAUCGGAUUCAGUUGUGCUAGAAAUGAUCAUCCACCUGUGGAAUCAGUACCUACUGUUGCGAUUCCUUCAGUUUCCUCUGCGAGCAUUCUACCUCCUUCGAAAACUAUCGAUAAAUUCAUGCUGAAAAACGAUACCAUCAAAGCUGAGAUCCUGUGGUGUUUGGAAACAGUUAUGUGUCACAAAUCACUCCGCACAGCUGAAAAGGACAUGGUAGUAUUGAGAACAAUGUUUCAUGAUAGCCAGAUUGCUGAGAAGGUUCAACUAGGCCGUGAUAAAAUGAGCUACAUGAUGCUGUUUGGCAUUGCCCCCUAUUAUAAAUCUGAGCUCGAUAAAACUCUGCAUAAUACAAACUGCAUUGUCGUUGGUUUUGACGAGUCCUUAAAUAAGACUACAAAAAAGCAGCAAAUGGAUCUAAAUGUCAGAUUUUGGGAUGAAGAAAAGAAGGAGGUGGUAACUCGUUACAUGACCUCAAUGUUCUUGGGACGAUCUCGAGCAACAGAUUUACAUGCAGCUUUUAAAGAAGGCCUGGGAAAUAUCCCUUUAAACAAGCUUCUUCAGGUGUCGAUGGAUGGUCCCAACGUGAAUUGGUCAUUUUUACGCGAGCUGAAAAUGGACUUUGAACAUGGAGAAGAAAGGCUCUUGGAUUUAGGUAGCUGCGGAUUGCAUAUUUUGCACGGUGCAUUCAAGGAAGGUGUUCGCUGCUCUGGAUGGAAUGUUACGAAGUACCUGCGAGGCAUCUAUCACAUCUUCAAAGAUGUUCCAGCACGACGCGCUUUAUUCACAUCGUAUUCGGGAAGUGCUGUGUAUCCACUGAAGUUUUGCGCUCACAGAUGGUUGGAAAACAUUAACGUAGCACAAAGAGCUGUGGAGAUUACUCCUCAUAUAAGGAAGUUCGUUGAGGGUGUUCAGAAUGACAAAAUUGAACCAAAAUCAGAUUCGUACGUCGAUGUAGUUGAGUGUCUAAAAGAUCCUCUACUGUUGGCUAAGUUGACCUUUUUCAAAUCCGUUGCCGCUGAAGUAGAACCAUUUUUGCGCGAGUUCCAAACGGAUAAUCCCAUGGUGCCAUUUUUGUAUAACAAUUUGAGUCAAAUGGCUAGAAGUAUAUUGGGAAGAUUCAUGCAGAUCGAUCAGCUAAAGAACAUCACUCAGGUAACAAUAGAAGAGAUCAAUGAAGCCAAGAAUCAUUUACCAAUGAAAGAGAUUGUAUUGGGUUUUGAAACAAGAAAAGUUUUAAAAAACUCGUCAAAAUUGACCCAAAAACAAAUUCUGCAAUUUCGUCUGGAAUGCAAAGGAUUUUUGAAAGCACUGAUUCUAAAGCUUAUGAAGCGAUCGCCAUUGACGUAUCCUGUGACGAAAGCCGCAUCCUCUCUUGACCCUUCAGUCAUUGAUUCCGAUCAAAAACAGGAACUUGAUAAUAGUUUCGAUUUUGGCAGGAUCUGGUUGCGACCCACGAGAGACGAUGAUAUAACCGAGAUACCGGGUUUGAUUCCGGCCAAACAAACACUUCUCGGCCUUGAACUCAUGAAUUCGCUGCAAAACAGCUUUCAAAUUGCGAUUAUGUUCCUGCUCGUUCUGACCACCUACUACUACGUCAUCGAGGUUGCCAGAACAACCCCCAAGUCCAGCUAG